AGGGGCCGAGGGGCUCCCACGCGGGACGGGACGACCACGCCCGUCCGACCGUCUGUUUCGUCCCCGCAGUAGGAAGAACGGAGACGGGCUCGUAGCCGUCCGCUUCCCAACCGUCGCAGUCGCAGUCGCAGCAUCCACGCCACGCCACGCCACGCCACGCGUUUGUGUGUUUCACUCGAAGGCUCGCUCCACUCGAAGACCGAGGCGUCCACCACCACCACCACCACUCGAGUUCCCCCACGAUCCCCAACCCUUCCUCCUCCGAUUCGCCGCCGGUAGCUGCCAGCGUCUGCUCCCCGGCUCGCCGCGCGCCGGCCGGCGAGUGCACCGCGCGCGGGCGCUUGGUCGACGCUAUCUCCGGAGUACUCCGCGUGGAUUUGGGUGAAUAGUGGCUCGUUUCGACAGGGUGACUUGUGCUGUGCUCGAUCGCGGUCGUCGCUUGCUGUUGAUCGACCGGUCCAGAUCCGCGUCGUUUACACGGUGCGUGGCUGUUCCUCAAUCUACGGAUCGGACCUCGGACUCAUGGAGAACCGCGUCGGUGAGUCGUCGGCGACCGCCGUCGAUGGCGGCGGCGGCGCCAAGGACUCGGGCAGCUUCGAGUGCAACAUCUGCCUGGAGCUAGCCCAGGACCCCGUCGUCACCCUCUGCGGCCACCUCUUCUGCUGGCCGUGCCUCUACGAGUGGCUCCACGUCCACGCGCACUCCCGCGAGUGCCCCGUCUGCAAGGCCGGCCUCGAGGAGGAGAAGCUCGUCCCCCUCUACGGCCGCGGCAAGGCCUCCACCGAUCCCCGCUCCAGGUCGGUGGCCGGCGUCCAGAUCCCCAGCCGGCCGGCCGGGCAGCGGCCGGCGACGGCUUCCCAGCCUGAUCAUCACCACGACCAUUUGCCGCACCACGACCCGUGGUUCAUGGGCGGCGCCGGCGCCCCUGUGGCCGGCGGUCGCUGGGGGAACUACACUUUCUCGGCGGCCAUUGGGGGGCUUUUCCCAUUGCUGAGCUUCCAGGUUCAUGGGUUCCCGCAGGCGGCGGCGUAUGGACCUGCCGCUGGGUUUCCUUACGGGUAUGGACAUUCGUUCCAUGGCUGGCAUGGCCAUGGUUUCCCGCACCAGGCACCGCAGGGCCAGCAUGUUGAUGUGUUCUUGAAGGUAUUGCUUGUUCUGGUUGGUGUUCUUGUGAUUGCCAGCUUGAUUGUGUUUUAGAUGUGUGCAGUUAGCUAUGGCCAAUCCUCGGUGAUGAGCCUGUAUGAAACGGUUUUAUUGUGUCAAUAUUAGGUAGUAGCUCCCACGGGUUGAUCAGUGUGGAGAGAUAGUACAAAGAUGAUGCUUCAGUAGUUACUAGUAGGAUUCUGUGAUAAUGAGUGGUAGCUGAUAAUGUUGUCGUGCUUCUCGAUAUAUUACUUGUGCAGUUGCAAGUCUUGUUUGUAGUUUUUAAGUGAAGUUUGAAUCCUUGUUAUCUUUUCAUAAUGCAUUUGCAUUCCAACCUUGUCCUGUGGCUGUCGCAAGGAUAAUAUCUUGCAUUAUUUGUGUCAUAUAUGGAUUCUUGAUUGUGCAUAUACAUCAAUACAUCAUUGGUUGUAUCUGAAAUCAGCACUUGGAAUUUGUUUCUGAAUUUAAAAUAUUGUACCGGACAUUUUCUA